AUGGUGCGCAUUUUUGGAGAUGAAAAUGAGCAAAAGCGGCAAAUUGCAAUUUUGCGUCGAGAAUCGCUUAACCAUUUACCUGAAGAGGUACAAGCAGAAAGUCGUGUAUGUUUCAAUUGCAAUAUAAGCAUUGAUACGGAGAUACGUAUGCUAGAAGAGGAUCCAAACUGUUUAAGGUUAAACGUUGUAAAAUUAAGAAGGAUUAAUGUAUGUAUAUUUUGUAAUAAUGUACAAAACUUGACGAGACUUUCAACUGAAUGCAGGAUUAAAGUUUUUGUUCUAAAGCGUAUUUUUAUGCCUGAGUCUGUGCGAUGCUGUGAUUUACAUUUAGAUGAGAAUGGAUUUAUUCCACGACUUCUAAUGAACGGUUUACAAUUUGUCAAUAGACCUUAUCGAUUAGAUGGUAGACAAGUGCAAGAAAUAUUAGAGCAUUUAUGUGAUUCAAGUAGUUACAAUGGUCACGAUUUUAAUGAUGAGGAAAGUUUCUCGAAAGAGGAAUUUAAAAGCUUUAGCCCCAUAACCCGUGAACAAUUCCAUCACUUGUAUACAAAUUAUAUUGUUCCUGUACCAGAACCUGGACGCAAUACAAAUCGAAAUGUCAGCAAAAAACAUCUUCUUACAUUCUUAUGUAAAUUGCGACAAAACCUGAGCGAUGAUUUUUUGAAAGUCACGUUUAAUUAUACAAGUAGACAGGCAGUUUCACUUGUGAUUUCUACGGUACGGAAAUCGUUAAUGAUAAGGUUCGUACCACGAAAUAUUGGGCUAAAUGCAAUUACUCGACAACAAUAUAUAGAAAAUCAUGUGACAGAAUUCUCCAACAGUCUUUACAAUCCAGAUCCUAAUGUUCCAGUGGCGAUUGCUAUCAUUGAUGGUACUUAUGUUUAUACACAGAAGCCGACCAACUUUCAAGCUCAAAGACAGAGCUACUCAUUACAUAAAGGAGACCAAUUAGUUAAACCAGCUUUAAUCGUUGCUCCGGAUGGAUAUAUUUUAGAUAUUCAUGGGCCGUACUUUUCGGACUCUAGGAACAAUGACGCAGCAAUGUUGGCUAAUGAAAUGGAGGUCGGUCAUCCAGGUCUUCGAGAUUGGUUCAGGGAAGGUGAUAUAAUCUUAGUAGAUCGGGGCUACAGAGAUGCUCUGCCAUUACUUGAAAACCUAGGAAUUAAUCAUAAAAUGCCUGCAUUUCUAGAACGGGGUCAAAGACAAUUUGAUACGCUUACUGCAAAUGAAUCUCGCUUAAUCACAAAAUCAAGAUGGAUGGUAGAGGCAAAGAAUGGGCACUUCAAAACAGUUUUCAAAUUCUUUCAAGGGACUGUUACUAUCACUCAUGUGAUUCACAUUGGAGAUUUUUAUAAAAUUGCAGGCGCCAUCUUAAAUGCAUAUAGAGAUACCAUACACAUGGCUGGAGCAAAUCGACAACUUGCAGAACAGAUGUUGGAAAAAUCCCGCCGACCUAAUGCUGUUCAAGAACGAGUGCAAUUAGAGAAUUUGGAAAGAAGGAACGCAUUAUGGAUAAGACUGAAUGUGGAUCAGGUGCCACAUUUUCCAAGACUGACAUUAGAGUAUUUACAAGAUUUAACUGUCGGAGUAUAUCAAGUAAAACUCUCGCCAGGUUAUAUACAAGACAAAGUCAUAAGAGAAGAAAAUGAAGAAUUCCAGAUAGAUGAGCAUUUCAAUGAAAUUGGGUUUAUAAGAAUACGGAUAUACUCAAGGUUCCGAAACGCCACAAGGUAUCAGAUAUUUAUAACUUUUAACCCGGAAUAUGAGAAUGAUGAUGCUAACGAAAAUGCAAAUGAACCUAUUUUAGGUUAUUAUUGUACCUGCAAGACUGGGGCCAGAACCCUCGGCUGCUGCUCACAUGUUGCUAGUGUCUUGUGGUUACUAGGCUAUGCGAUACACCAACCCGUUGUAAAAUAUCCCUCGACAGCUUUACUAGAAAAUAUCAGCGAUGCAGCUCACAGGAAUUAA